AUGAAUACAAGUUAUGAUUUAGAUACUUCGACACCAAAUAUAAUUAAUCGAAAUAAAUAUUUUGAAUCAUUAAUGGAUUUUUCUACACCGAUGAGUACAAUAUCUACUCGUUGGAUGAAUAAUACAAAAACUAGUCAUUCUAAUGAGAAAAUUUCUUCAGAUAAUAGUCAAAAUUCAACAGUAAUUAAUGAUACAAUUAUUGAUAUGAAUGAUACAAUUAUUGAUAAACUUUUACAAAAAUUUAACGAACAUAAAAUUAAUUUUCAUAAUACACAAAAUUAUCUUAAUCUACUUGAUAAUCAUUUAUGUGAAAUAACAACAAUUCUUAAUCAAUUACAAAAUCCAUUAAGUUAUAAUUCAUUACUUAAACCAACGACUGAUGAAUUAGAAACUCGCUUAUUACAAAUGUCAAUUAAACGCGAACAAAUUCGAACAGCUAUUAAUAAUUUUCAUCAAUCACCAACAAUCAGUGAAACACUUAAUGAUAUUAUUCAACAAAUAUCACCAUCUACAUCAAAAAGAACAGAUUCAACGAUUUCUUAUAGUGAAUUAAUCAAUGCUAUAAAAUUAAGUAUGAAACAAAAAACAAAUUUAAUUGAACAUUUUUAUCAAGAAGAAAUUCAUAUGAAACAUCGAAUAAAUGAUUAUUAUUCAAAAAUGAAACAACGACAAUAUAUACUUUUACAAUUAGUUGAAAAAAUUCUUGAACAACAAAAAGAAAAUGAAAAAUAUGUUGAAGAAAUUAAUCUUGAUAAACCACAAUUUGAUAAACAUAGUGAACAAUUAACUGAAUUUAAUAAACUUAAUGAAGAAUAUCAACUACUUCAAGAUGAAAAUCGAUUAUUAAAAUAUAAAACGAAAGAAAAUAUUAAUAGACUUUAUACUUUUAUUAAUCAAACAACAGAAUAA